UGUUUGUACUUGCUUAGUACAGAGGCAGUCUUUUCCCCUUGAAUAUUUUCAGAUAACAGUUGGUUGAAUCCAAGAAUAUGGAGGGCUGAAUCCAAGAAUAUUUUAGGUCCUUUAUAGAAAAAGUGACAAUCUCCAUUUAACUUGAAUGUGAAGACUGGAGGUUAAGGAUAUCUAGGGCAUGAGCAGUGGGAGAAAAUGUCAGUUUACUAUUCAAGUUAUACUGCUUGACAGUGAUGACUCUGGUGGCCGCAGCUUACACGAUAGCUUUAAGGUAUACGAGGACAACAAGCACAGAGCGCUACUUUUCAACCACAGCGGUGUGUAUCACAGAAGUUGUAAAGUUACUGCUAAGUGUGGGACUUUUAGCUAAAGAAACUGGUAGUCUGGGUAGAUUCAAGACAUCUUUAUGUGAAAAUGUUUUUGGGAGUCCCAAGGAACUGAUGAAGUUAAGUGUGCCGUCACUAGUGUAUGCUGUUCAGAACAACAUGGCUUUCCUAGCCCUUAGCAAUCUGGAUGCAGCAGUGUACCAGGUGACCUACCAAUUGAAGAUUCCUUGUACUGCUUUAUGUACUGUUUUAAUGUUAAAUAGGACACUCAGUAAAUUACAGUGGAUUUCAGUUUUUAUGCUGUGUGGUGGAGUCACACUUGUACAGUGGAAACCAGCCCAAGCUACAAAAGUUGUGGUGGAGCAGAAUCCAUUAUUAGGGUUUGGUGCCAUAGCUGUUGCUGUUCUGUGCUCAGGAUUUGCAGGGGUGUAUUUUGAAAAAGUUUUAAAGAGUUCAGACACUUCCCUUUGGGUGAGAAACAUUCAAAUGUAUCUAUCAGGGAUUGCUGUGACAUUAGUUGGUGUCUACUUGUCAGAUGGAGCUGAAAUUAAAGAAAAAGGAUUUUUCUAUGGUUACACACAUUAUGUCUGGUUUGUUAUCUUUCUGGCAAGUGUUGGAGGCCUUUAUACCUCGGUGGUGGUCAAGUACACCGACAACAUCAUGAAAGGCUUUUCUGCUGCAGCAGCCAUUGUGCUUUCCACCAUUGCUUCAGUGAUCCUGUUUGGAUUACAGAUAACACUUACCUUUACUUUUGGUGCCCUUCUUGUAUGUGUUUCCAUUUAUAUCUAUGGACUACCCAGACAAGACACUACAUCCAUCCAACAAGGAGAAACAGCUUCGAAAGAAAAAAUCAUUGGUGUGUGAUUGGAGCCUGAAAAGAAAUGACUGUACCAUUUGCAUUAUACUAGCGCCUUAACUCAAUCCCGGAAGGUAGCUUAAACAGAUAAAAACAACAAAUCAACCACACAAGAAUCGAGAUAGAAGCUAUCUCAGUGAAUUGCUAAUGGAGAGAUUUAAUCUGGGCCUGUUUGCAUCAAAUUUUUAAAAUGAAGGAGUUUUUUUAUUAUAUAUAUACAUAAUGUACAUAAAAAGUAUAGAGAUGACAUGGUAUUAAAAAAA